UUUGUAUUGCAAACAGCACAAGAGAGAGAGAAAAACCUAAAGCUGGUUGGUUUUGAGUUUAUUGUCUAUGUUUCAAUCACCUCCAGGCUUUCGGUAUCAAGAGAUCACUGCUCCACAUCGAGGCGUCGGUAGAUCAAACUAGGGAGCGCCUCUUCUCUCUGGGACAAUCUGCACACAAGUGUCUGUCCGCGCCGGUGGAGUGGGCUGGUAGGAGUGGCUGUGGCGCUGGCAGCCUGCUUUGCAUGAAUCGUGGACUCCCAAGUUAGUGGCUGCAGCGCAGAUAUUUCCUGUCAGCCGCACACAGCCGAGGCGAGGGCGGAGGAGACGAAGAGAGGGAUGGCAGAGAACAACUCCGAGACGAGCAGCUCCGUCCACCGGAGAUGUUUGGGCCAUUCUCCGGAUCAGAGGAGCCCCUCAGCCGGGGUCGGGGCAUCCAAAUGGAUCCGGCUGAACGUCGGCGGGACGUAUUUUUUAACCACGAGACAGACGCUGUGCCGAGACCCAAAAUCAUUUCUGUACAGACUGAGCCAAGCUGACCCGGAGCUAGACUCCGACAAGGAUGAAACUGGUGCCUAUCUCAUAGACAGAGACCCAACAUACUUUGGGCCAGUGCUUAACUACUUGAGACACGGAAAGCUGGUGCUCAACAGGGACUUGGCAGAGGAAGGUGUGUUAGAAGAGGCCGAAUUCUACAACAUCACAUCAUUAAUAAAGCUCAUCAAGGACAAGAUCAGAGAUCGCGACUGUAAAACAUCACAGGUUCCAGUGAAGCAUGUUUACCGUGUGCUGCAGUGCCAGGAGGAGGAGCUGACACAGAUGGUGUCCACCAUGUCCGAUGGCUGGAAGUUUGAACAGCUGGUCAGCAUAGGCUCCUCUUACAACUACGGAAACGAAGACCAAGCCGAGUUCCUGUGUGUAGUCUCCAAGGAGCUGCACAAUCAAUCAUACGGGACAAACAGUGAGCCCAGUGAGAAGGCUAAGAUUCUUCAGGAAAGGGGCUCCCGGAUGUGAAGAGGACUUAAGUAUUAUGAGCUCCAGGUGUUAUGAUGCUAACAUAUCAUCUUUGUGGAAGAACGUUUGGCACAAUGGAGAUUUAAAGGAGGAGUGUGCAUUUACUUUGUGUUUUCCCUCCUUUUUUUGUUUUUAUCUCUCGAUGUAAAUAAGACUGUUUACUGACAAUUUGUGCCUGUACAUUUAAACUGGACCUUUUUGUUUUGAA